AAGGAAAUCUGUCAUGUUGAAACAAGUAGAGGAAAAAAAUCAACAGGACGGACCUGUUUUUCUCAUUCAUUGACUUGUAGGCGGCACUAUAUAAGAUACCAUCACUAUAGGCUGACUGCACCUUUGACAACAAGACAGUUGGAUGUAAAGCAGUCAAUUAACGAUGACACAAUGAUGCCUGAAGUUACCUUUGAACCACAGUCUCGCUUUGAGUCUCAUAGAGUAUAUUAAUCCAAUUAGGUUUUUUGUUAAACCAGAAACACUUUUCUUUACUAAGAGGCACCUGGCAGCUCUGCAACCAUGGGUGAAUGGGGUUUCCUCAGUGGCCUGAUAGACACUCUCCAGGCCCACUCGCCAAUGCUUGGACGUUUCUGGCUCUUCCUCAUGCUAGUGUUUCGGAUAGUGAUACUGGGAACUAUUGCCAGCGACAUGUUUGAAGAUGAACAAGAGGAGUUUUCCUGCAACACUCUCCAGCCGGGCUGCAAGCAGGUGUGUUAUGAUAUGGCUUUCCCCAUCUCCCAGUACAGAUUCUGGGUGUUUCAUAUCGUCCUGAUUGCUACGCCAUCCAUGGUUUUCCUCAUGUAUGCCACUCAUCAUCGUCACAAAAGGACCUCCCGCCCUAAGACGAAAAAAAACAAAAUUCAGAACAUCAUAGAUGAGCGCCGCUUGAGGAGGCUGUACAUCAUAAACGUGGUCUUUCGACUCGCUGCUGAGGUGGGCUUCUUGGUGGGCCAGUGGUGGCAGUACGGCUUCAAGGUGGAAGCACAGUUCCCCUGUAGCCGGUUUCCCUGCCCCUACACAGUUGACUGCUUCACCUCCCGCCCUGCAGAGAAGACAGUCUUCCUCCUCUUCUACUUUGCUGUGGGGGUCCUAUCAGCACUUUGCAGCUUGGCAGAACUUUUCUACAGCUACACCAAGUGGUUCUGCUGCAGCCAGGAGCCCCUUGAUGAGGAACACUGGGCUAGUCAGAACCUGCAGAACCUGGAGCAUGAUAAGUUAUAUAAGCCAGAGGAAAAGACGUCGUCAGACAGUGGAGGCAGCAGCACGAGGCUAAAGAAAGGAUCAGUGAAGAAAAGCAGCAAAAAGGCCUCCAGCAUCAGGGGCAAAAGGGGGAAAUAUGUGAACACCAGGACACUAAUGGUGUGAGAACUCCCCCACCACCAUUUCCCGUUCAAAACGAUUUCGUAAUUCAUUGUGUAUCUCCAAAGUUUUGCUGUUUGGAAGCAAAAUAAGGAAACGCUUGGAGCAAAAUCAGGAAAUGAAUUUUAGACGAGAAUGAUAAGUAAGGUCUUGUUACCAUUCAUGGCUGAUGAAUCACUGCAGACGCUAAACAAAUGAUGAGGCAGGGGACUUAAACAGCAAACAAUCAACAAACCUGUUUAACUCUGCCUUGGCUGACAGACAGUGGAGGCAGCUCUGUCACUUCCACUGAAGUGGAAAAAAAUCCACCUUCAAAAUGGCAUCUAUUAUGACCCAUAACUGAUUAUGUCUAAAAUGAAAGCAAUUCCAAGCUAAUAUAGAAAGAACAGAAUGGAAAGAAACAGUUUUGUUUUCCUUUUUAGACUGAGUGUGUUGCUAAGCUUAUUCUACUGUUGUUUUGCUAAGUAUGAGCUCGCUAAGUAGGAAAGAACCCUCAUCUAAAUAUUCUUUAAAUUUCCCUACUCAACAGCAAGCUGUUUGUUUAUUUAAAAGUUUAUGUACGUGUCAUAUAAU